UGACGUGGUGUACUUUAGUUCCAACUCCCAAUCAGUGUUUUUCCAUCAGAAGUAGAAGUAGCGGCCUUCCCACCAGCUGCAACAGCUGUCUGCUGGAUGUAACUCGGACAAGUUUGUUUACUUCCUCACUCUCCACUUAUUCAUGAUUUAGUUGAACGUCCAACUAUACACAUAAUGGGAACUAAAGUCACCUUCAAGAUCACCUUAACUUCUGAUCCUAAACUACCCUUCAAAGUGCUGAGUGUGCCCGAUGGGACGCCGUUCACCGCAGUGCUGAAGUUCGCGGCGGAAGAGUUCAAAGUGCCGCCCGAGACGUCGGCCAUCAUCACUGAUGACGGCAUCGGCAUCAACCCUAGCCAAACUGCCGGAACCGUGUUUCUGAAGCACGGGUCGGAGCUGCGUCUCAUACCACGUGACCGAGUCGGCGCCCGGCAGAGAUGAAUCUCGUCCUUCCUUCAUGGCUGCUUAUUUUCGAUUUUUUCGAAUUUUCUUUUUUAAUUUUUUCGAUUUUUUCCUAAUUUCGAUCUUUUCUUUUUCCACUUCUUCUCUUCCCGCCUGAGUCCGUUCACAGGGCCCGGUUUUAUUCCAUAUUUAAAUAAGAAGAGGCGCAUGCUGAUAUAAUCGUGUUAUCAGGGGGAUAUUGUGGUAGCCUAUGCGUAGAUAUAGCUUUCUUGCUUACAUUCGGAAGAAUAAAUAGGUUACAUUGCCCAAAGAUUGAUGUACUUUCUGCUCGUAACACUUAUGCUCUUUUUUUACCGGGACAAAGGGGUCUAGGUGACAUACAUAGCGCUAACAUUGCUUCAAUGUUUGAAGUUAAUCAAAUUUCUUCGAGUUUUGUGAAUUUGUUUGCAUUAAACCAUGACUUGGGAUUUGGUUCGUGGCUGCAUUUACAUCUAAUAACGCUGAGCUUGACAGCUCUACAGCGGUCCUGGAACAAUAAAAUGUAUUAAAAAUUAGUAACUUUCUCAAAUUCACAGAGAACUGCAGGGAUCAUUAGAAGCGCUUGGAAUUAGCCUUGGUCAUGUUGUGGAUAUAUUAAUUUUUUUUACUUUUCAAAUACACAUGUUUUGGUUAAGCGCCUUAAACUUCUGAGUUUAGUUUAGAUUGAAUUAAGUAAAAAAUUAUCCAAAUGUUAUUCAAUUGUAGUGUUGGUCCGAAUUGUUCGUUAACGUUCACAAUUCUUCAUUCCUUAAAUUCUUUUUUUACUUUUAAUAUUAAUAUAAGUGCAAGUGUAAUGGCUAAAUGGGUCCUAUUUAUUCUUACUUGAAUUUUUUCGAAGGAAUACAACUGGUGUCUUGAAA